AGCUCUUCUGUCAGCAAACCAGUGUCUUCCCCUUGCUGUUCCUCAACCCCCUCUCUUUCCCCUUGCUUUCUCACCUGCUCUCGGACCACUUACCCUUCUCCCCCUGCCGGCCCAAUUAUGGCAGAGAAUGAUGUGGACAACGAGCUCUUGGACUAUGAAGACGAUGAAGUGGAGACAGCAGCGGGGGGAGAUGGGACCGAAGCUCCUGCCAAGAAAGAUGUCAAGGGCUCCUACGUCUCCAUCCACAGCUCCGGCUUCCGAGACUUCCUGCUCAAGCCAGAGCUGCUCCGGGCCAUUGUUGACUGUGGCUUUGAGCAUCCAUCCGAGGUCCAGCAUGAAUGCAUCCCGCAGGCCAUUCUGGGGAUGGACGUCCUGUGCCAGGCCAAGUCAGGCAUGGGAAAGACAGCAGUGUUCGUCUUGGCCACGCUGCAGCAGCUGGAGCCAAUCACGGGGCAGGUGUCUGUGCUGGUGAUGUGCCACACCAGGGAGCUGGCUUUUCAGAUCAGCAAGGAAUAUGAGCGCUUCUCCAAGUACAUGCCGAAUGUCAAGGUGGCAGUGUUUUUUGGUGGUCUGUCUAUCAAGAAGGAUGAAGAGGUGCUGAAGAAGAACUGCCCGCACAUUGUCGUGGGGACUCCUGGCCGAAUUCUAGCCCUGGCUCGAAAUAAGAGCCUGAACCUCAAGCACAUUAAACACUUUAUCUUGGAUGAAUGUGACAAGAUGCUUGAACAGCUCGACAUGCGUCGGGAUGUCCAGGAAAUUUUUCGCAUGACCCCCCAUGAGAAGCAGGUCAUGAUGUUCAGUGCUACCUUGAGCAAAGAGAUCCGGCCAGUCUGCCGCAAGUUCAUGCAAGAUCCUAUGGAGAUCUUCGUGGAUGACGAGACCAAGUUGACGCUGCACGGGUUGCAGCAAUACUACGUGAAACUGAAGGACAACGAGAAGAACCGGAAGCUCUUUGACCUUCUCGAUGUCCUCGAGUUCAACCAGGUGGUGAUCUUUGUGAAGUCCGUGCAGAGGUGCAUCGCCCUGGCCCAGCUUCUAGUGGAGCAGAACUUCCCAGCCAUUGCUAUCCACCGUGGGAUGCCCCAGGAGGAGAGGCUGUCUCGGUAUCAGCAGUUCAAGGAUUUCCAGAGGCGGAUUCUUGUGGCUACCAACCUGUUUGGCCGAGGCAUGGACAUUGAGCGUGUGAACAUCGCCUUCAACUAUGACAUGCCAGAGGACUCGGACACCUACCUGCACCGGGUGGCCAGAGCAGGCCGGUUUGGUACCAAGGGCUUGGCCAUCACAUUUGUGUCGGAUGAGAAUGAUGCUAAGAUCCUCAAUGACGUGCAGGACCGCUUUGAGGUCAACAUCAGUGAGCUGCCUGAUGAGAUCGACAUCUCCUCCUACAUUGAACAGACGCGGUAGAGGAAUCACCCACUCUGGACUGUGGCAGUCUGUCUGUCCAAUCAGAAGAGGACACCAAGGAUCAGGGUGGAGACACCACUGGCCCCGCCCCCACCAGUCCUCAUCCUAUCCUGUCCACGCUUCCCUCCGCCGUCAGCACCACUCCUACACCUCUUCCUGAUUUAUCAGAGUUGUUUGUUUGUUUGUUUGUUUUUUUAACAAAACGAAGAAUGAAA